AUGGUGACCGGCAAAGCGAUCGUAUCGCUACAAGUGGCGACGAUCGAACAGCUUCCUCGCGGAACGGCCUUUAAUGCUGCACGAACGCCGGUCGCCAGGGAUGUUCGAGCUGCCUCGUUCUCCAACGAGGCUGCAGAUAGCGACGAUACGUCGUUGGUUGUCUCUCCCAAUAGUAAGACAGUCGACAGUACGGAGAUGGAGAGACGGGCAGCUCGACGAGACAAUGUGUGGGAGAAAUCGGAGCAGGAACGGCGAGAAGAGGGAGAGAGCGCUCGACAAACCGAGUAG